AUGCGAGCGCACUGUGACUGCUUGGAUGUGGCAGUUAUCCCGCUCCACUCGCGUGCCACUUCGGCUUUGUUUGGGGAGAGAAUGACCCAAAGAGCAGCCACAGGUUGCGAUUGUACCGAACAGAAGCAUUCGUUCGAGAAGCCGAUAACACGGAACCAUACUUUCUGCAGAGGUGUUUUUUUCUCCAUCAACCCAGAGAAGGGAACCAAAGUGGAGAAAAGCAAAACCAAACGUCUUAAUGUUAUACUAAUCUCGCCUCGUAAUGAGACGGUGACCUCCUAUUUGCUUAACACAAUAUCUGCAAGUCCACAUUUCCACCAUGUUGAUAAAGACGACAUUGUGUCGGCCUGUAAGACUUAUUAUGAGACGGUUCGCAGGAGCCAUCAAAAUGCCAAGCCAGAAAACUCAUUGAGGGCGGAUGUGGCGAAGAGUUCAGCUCAGUCGAGCGAGAAGAAAAAGGCUGGUGGAAUCGAGACUGAGUGUGCUAGAAAGUGA